AUGCAUCGCUAUCCAAUAGCUCCACGUUACCCUCCACGAGAUGACACCCGCUAUAUCGACUCCCCUCAAGGUACUCUUCGAAUUUAUGGGUAUGAGCCGCAUGAAGGAGUACCAGGAACCGUUCUCACCGUGACCCUCGACUUCCUGUCGGUAGCACGGAUUCCAACUCAGCUUAGGCUCGUCCUCGGCAGGGCGGCUCUUCCGACGACGGUCGAAAAGGUAGCAGGUGGCCAGCAUACCUUCCAGCUUCAGGCUACCGUCCCAGAUGAUGCCCGUGUCAUUUUACCGCCGACUGUCUCACUGCAUGCGCAGACAUUGGAUACUCACAAUACUGUGUUGGAUAGUGUGGCGUUUGGUAAUUUCACUUGCAUCAACCUCGCACCGAGUAACCGCCACAUGAGGCCAUACCCGGAUACGCACGAUAGCAUUCUUGGACUGCCGAUGUCCCCUGAUGCGCCCCGCUCGCCGAACCGCAAGGCACGGUAUUCCACGCAAUCCUCGCCUUCGCGGUCCUCCCUUCCACACCGCCAUACGCAUCAUGCUCGUGUUCAUGCCCCAUCCGCGCGGCCAGUGGCAUCGUUCAUCUCGUACGCAAGCCCAUGUGGCGACGAGAGACUACACGGAAUGGCCGCCAACCUGGAGCUGCUGACACCUCUCGAAAGCAUGAGUAAAGACUGGGAUGAGGACGAGUACACCGCCUGCCGUCGGCUUGUGCGAUUCCAGAAAGAGAGGGAAGGAAACACGAUAAAGGUCUCCUGCACAGUCAUCAAGCAACACGAGUACAUCGAAGGCGGCAUGGUCAUCUCGUGCAUCUACCGGCGGGAGACAAACUCGUGCUAUGUGACUUCUGUCGACGUCAUUUUCCUACUUGAGCGUCUGGUAGACAACCAAUUCGACGUCGAGACCAAGAACAGAAUACGAAGGAACUUGGAGCGCUUUCAUCCGCAAACGGUGUCAAAAAACAGGGCGAGCACAAGCGAGUUCUUUUCGCUCAUCAUGAACUUGCCGGCGCCGAAGCCGCGAAACAUCGAAAAGGACUUGAAAGUAUUUGAGUGGAAGGUGCUGUCUGAGGCACUGCACAAGAUGGUUUCGCGAUUAACGCUUCCUUACAUACCCGCACAAGCUGAGCCUAUCCCCACACUCCAACCACGUAUCUCGCCAAGUCCAUCUUUGCUGUUGGGUCAAGAUGCCAAACUCAGUCCCUCUUUGUCCUGUACCUCAAGCGAGUUCUCCCCGGCAUCCAUUCCCGCUAUACCCUCGCUCGAAUAUCCGGCCUCUCCGUAUAACCAUUCCGUUGGAUCGCCGUCGUCGUUUGUAUCCCAGAUGGAAUACACUCCGCCGUCCUUGGCCUCGGACGGUAGUCCUGCGGUUGAAGAAUCCGCCGUCUUCGGGUCGGCUGUAUCGACACCGAUUAUUGCAACGCCGCCAUCAUCUGACCCGUCUGGCGUGCCAUACUUCACGCUUGCGCACGAUGGGCAUGCAAACGCACACUCCGCCCAGUUCCCGCAGUACAUGCCCUUUCAGAUAUCAGAGUACUGGCAAUCAUCCUGCGUUGCCCCGGGAUUCACCAGUGGUGGUGAGCAACCCUCACACGACAGCAAGUCUGUCGGUAGGGCUUAUAACUACGUGGAUGCGUACCCCUCAACGUUCUAG